GCUUUCGUCACAUCGAUGCUGUCCAAUCAGAGCCCGGUAAAGAGAGACACCGCCAAGAUCAGAUUGUGAGACGCGCUGCUGUGGCUCAGCUAGCGGACAGAGGACAGAAAAGGCUAACCAACAAGCUGCUAACUUGUGAAAAACACCGGUAAGCCGCAUUUACCGACUUGUGGCUCGCUGCCCAGCUGCCGCAAAGGAAAGUUGUAGGUGAAAUACGUGUCUCAGCAGUUAGCGUGCUUUUAAAUAUAUUUGAAAUAUGCUAAAAACAGACUCGAGGCUAAGUGUGGUAAAAUUGCGGCUCGUUGUGACAGUGUUGUGGAUGACAGCUGUGGAUUAGCUCCAGCACAGGCUACAGGCUAGCGUCGGCUAACAAAGCCUCGGUGGUCUUUGCUCUGCGCUGUAAUCGCUUAUUAGCUCUUUGCUAUAAUACUCAAUAGACAUCACUUACUAGCUUUGUAUUAAGUCGCUGAUACUGUAUGUGAACAUGUGCUAACUUACCGUAUAUCGCUAACAAACCAGUCAUAAUCAGGGCUUUGGUGGUUUUAAUGUAAAUAAUGCUCAGUGUAAGUAAUCGAGAUGGUUUAUUUGACUUUUUAAUCUGCAUAAACAGACUGUACAAAUAUCGUGUAAUCUAAUCAAAACAAAGAUAUAAACUGUCUUUAUUUAGUGUGGCGUUAAUUUAGCUCAUAUUUUCCACUUAUAUGAGUCCUAUUAUUGAUAUACAGCAUUUAAAAGAGUUAAAUAUUAAGUUUGAUAUAUAAUGGUGUGAUAAAUGGUUUCUCAGGGUAAAAUCGUGAUGAUGGUUUCAUUGCAGAACAACUAGUUGUGGAUUAGUCUGCAUUAGACAAAUUAUGAUCAAUAACUGUCAAUAAUCAAUCAAUAUAUUGCAUCAAUAAGUGACAGGAGGUUGAGAAGUCUGAGUUUUCUGGGUGUGAGUGUUAUUCAUAAUAAUAUUAACAAUCCUAAUGAAGUAAAUAUGUAUAUUUUUUCUCUUUUUCCUCUUACUGAUCGGUAUUUUCUAUUCAAACCAUCAUUUUGUUUUGCAGCUUCAACAAACACGACAAAUCUCACAGAACAACAGACUGAACAACACCAACAUUUGGAAACUGAUAAAUAAAAACAACACGAGAACUAAAUCAACAAACUCUGAAUGUUUUUCCUCUUGGAAUAACUCUAAAAUGUAUGAAAAGUGCUUCGGCAUUGCUCAGUAUGUUUCCUGUUUGGUAGGGAUUUAGACCUCCUCUUCCUCCAUUCUCAAAUGCCAACAACAACAGCCGUCGAAGAAACAGCAGAGUGCACUCGUAAGUGCACAGAAUAACAAAUUUAACUUUUUCCGCCAUGCUUAAUGCACACAUAUUUCUUCCGUGUUUACCCAUAACUCAGCUUUGCCUGAAAUCUGCAGUAGGGAACCAAACGCGGCUAAAUUGAGUAUGAAUCAUUUGAAAGCGUGCAGAAGCUAACUCGCUAGCUAACGCCAAGCAAGCUCAAUGUAGAGCUAACUGCUAGCGCUGACUGUUGGCUAGCUGCAUUCAACAAAAGAUUCAUUGGUAGCGUCUUAAAGAAUUAAUGCUUUUAACACCGCUUGCAACAGUUUUGUAUGUUACCGUGCAGUGCAGCCACUUAGGUCAUAUUAAUAGUUUAGCGCUUGUGUUUUAAAGUUAGCACGUUUGUGUGACCUGUAGCAGAAGUUCGACGAUGCCUCUCCUCCGGACGUGCUCGGUACCUGAAGUAGGCCUUGUGCACAUUUGCCGUAGUAAAAGUUGUGAGCAUCAAGACUGGGUUAAAAUGGUGAUAUGUACGCACGGUGCAUUCGGAAAAGUCGUGAAAACCUCAAAAGAUCCGAAACUGGAGUGAAACAGGCACAUUUUCGUGCUUUUUUGUCCUGUAAGAAGAAAACCCGGUGACUCGAGCUAACAAACUGGAGUGUGCUUGCAGCUGACAGUUCAGUAGGGCCUCAUAAAUAAGUGUUUAAUGGAACAACAACACCACAGUUAUAUAUUAAAGUGUGUGGAAUAUUUUCGCUGAAUUGUGAGGUUAAAAAUUGGGAACUUUGCACAGUCACAUAUAAUAAUGAUAAAUUGCUCUUUCUGUCUCCAGGGGUCUGAAAAGUGACAAUAGGAACAUUUUCCUUUUAGCCUGAAGCUCAUCUCCUCCGGUCCUUUGGGAUCAUGGCGAAAGAUGUAAGUAUCCAUUUGCAUAUUUUAAAAAUAAUAACAAUAAAACAUAGGUGACACUGAUGUGCCACAUUGGUAAGUGUUCUAAGAUGGUAUAAAAAAAGAGUUGUUGAUAAUAUUCUGAUAUAAUCUGGCAUAUGUAUAGUGUCAGAUGGUUAAAUCUUCCUCUAACUGAGCUGGAUAGAUGUUUUGUCACUCUGCGCAUACUAUGAUUGCAAAAUAAAUUCUCUCCUGUGUGCCAGUAAAGAUGAUCUGAAUAUAUAUAUAUAAUUUGCCACAGGAUAUCUUCCAUGAUCCUUCUCCCUCUUACUGCUGUUGUUACUUUCCUAGGCUUUAAUGUUGUUAUAAUUAGAUGUUAUUAAGUUCUUGUUUCUUCUACACAGGCUGGUCUGAUUGAAACAAAUGGAGAGCUGAAGGUUUUCAUCGAUCAGAAUCUGAGCCCUAGCAAAGGUAUAAGUGUGAAGAAAUUGUGUUUGGCAAUCAUCUCUUUCAGUAAAGAAGUUUUAUUCUCAGAUGUAGGUCAUUGUGUUUGUAGUCGGACAAUAGAGGGCAAUGCAGCAUCAUGGAUAAGCACCAUUCAGCACUGAUCUUGCUAUGUCUGCUUUCAGUCCUAUCUUUGGUUACGGUCCAGCCGACUGCCGCCCCGGUGGCCAAACAGCUACUACCCAAAACUCUCGGGCCAUCCAAUGUGAACGUCGCUGCACACAUGCAACAUGUGCCACACAUGGUGAGUGAUGCUUCUCACAACCUUUGGGCUGAAUGCGUCAGGCUUUUAUACUUUGUGAACCACAGCCUACUGAUGCAUUUACAUACCUGUCUGCUUGCAAGUUUUCCCAACUGUGUCUUACAGUUGUGUAAGCCCCUCCAUUAUCAUUGUGAGGUGACCGGGCGGAGGCUAGGUAGAGGCGGUUGAUCCUAAGCUUAUCAACUCUACAGUCAGCAGGAUUACACCCAUCAUCCCAUUAUAUACAUGGAAUCUAUACAUAAUUGAAAUCAGCUUAGAUAUCACCUUAGUGAAGAAAUAGAUCACCUAUGUCUCGAUUUUCUCAUAUUGUUAUCAGAGAUGCUAAUCUAAUGCUGUUCAUUAAUUAGAAAGAAAUUACAAAUCUAUAUCCGAGGCAAUAAACAUGAUCUCCUUCAGUUAAAACUGUAUCUAAACAUUUGUCAUUAACUAUAUCUUUAACCUAGUUGAACUAUGAGUGGUAUGAUGAAAUUAUUGUCGUCAAAAAGAGAAUUUGUUGCAUCAUAGACACAAUUACAACCUUGACUGUGCGCCCUGUACAUCUAAAAUUAUUCAAAGUUCUAACCAAACUAAUAUUCUAGUUAUUAGAGAGCAUGGUGAAAUACAGGUUUGCUGUUAUCACAGGCCCAUAUAAUCUUGGUACAAACAUAUUAGUCUGUUGCCUGCAACCCAAAAAACGAUGUGAAGUUAGCUGAAGCCACAGCUUACCUCUUAAUGUUGAUAAGCUCAAAGAGAUGCCUGCAUGUAUUGAGUUCAGGGAGGCGAAAUAUCAGCUUUCCAAGAGCCUCUGCAGCUCUGCUGUGAUGGCUUUCUAAAUCAACAAAUUCCUUCAAGUUCACAUCACCAGUGACUCAAAAACUCCAGUUUGUUUUUUCUUUUUUGUUAGAAUUUGCUCCAAAGUUUACCCAAAGUAAGUGUGAACCCUGAGCAGUCAGUGAGAAGACAAUUAAGUUUAUUUCCAAGUUUUUGUAAAAACUGUUAUUUAUAGACGGCAAACUUGUCGAGUCGCUGUCAGGGAAUAGUUAAAAAAAGUUAUUUUUUUGAUAAACAAACUGAUACUUUUUUUUUUUUCAAGUUUGGAAGCAAUUCAUUUUAGCUUCUAGUACGUUGAUGUGUUGUCACUGUUGCUGUGAAUUUCCUCCACUGUUAUUUGAAUUGAGUGGUAAAAAGUAAAUCUGUACCCUGCAAGCAAAAGCCGACUGAAAGUUCAUUCAGGAACCUGACUGUUGUUUUUAACAGACUUGCAGUCUGACCUACUCUUUAAUAUUUGCUCUGUUUUUUUCUUGUAGGUGAUUGGAACACCACAGAGGCCUACAUUACCUAAUGCCAUUUUGGUAAACAGUCCACAUACACCCAGUUCCCAGUUCCUCACUCAGAGUCAACCAUCCGACGCCUCUCCCUGGUCAUCAGGGUAAGUCUUUAAAAAAGAGUUCAUUUUUUUAAUCUCAGAGACAGGUUGAAGUUUAGGGUUUCUGUGGAGGGUUCAUGUAAUUCACAUGAAGUGAUUGAUGUGCUGGAUCUCCUCUGUUUGCAGUAAACGUGGUAAAAAGGGGGAGAAGAAUGGAAAGGGCUUGAGGCAUUUCUCUAUGAAAGUGUGUGAGAAGGUGCAAAAGAAGGGAGUAACCACCUACAAUGAGGUGGCGGACGAACUGGUUGCAGAAUUUAGCUCUGCAGACAACCACAUGUCACCCAAUGACUCGGUAAGAACUGCAUCUGUGUCAAAACUGCUAAUAUCUGCUAAGAAGUAUUUGAUUUGAACAGUUUUCGAGUUUCUCCUGGGUUCAUGUGUCUUAUUUCUUCUGGUUUAGCAUGUGUAUGACCAGAAGAACAUUCGACGGCGUGUCUAUGAUGCACUUAAUGUGCUCAUGGCCAUGAACAUUAUCUCUAAAGAGAAAAAGGAAAUCAAAUGGAUAGGCCUUCCCACCAACUCUGCGCAGGAGUGCCAAAACCUAGAGGUAAGAAAAUGCAGUUGAGGCUUGUAUUGUCAUUUUUCUUCUCCCCGUGUUAUGUUUCUUAAUGACUAUUCCUUCAUUUCAAUUGUAGGUGGAGAGACAAAGACGACUGGAGAGGAUUAAGCAAAAACAGUCACAGCUUCAGGAGCUCAUUCUGCAGGUAAGAAUCAACUGAGUGUGUGUAUUAGUGUGUUUGGAGAGAGGGGGUCUGUAUCUGAAGCUCUCAUAUUUGACUUACUGUUUGUUUUAAGUGGUGGUGGAACUGGUCUUGAGAGAUAUUCCUACUAUUCCUCUCGUAUUUUGUGUAAGAGUGGACAAAAACAUAGUGUGACAGUUGAUGUGUCGGCUGUCUAUUUACAAAAGGUUGCCAAGUAUCACUUUGGUAAUUUGACAAAUACUUGCUGAUGUUUAACUUUGUGGAGGUGGGGGAUUGGAGGGAAGUCAGUCCAAAGAAAGAUAGAGGUGUUACUUUUUUGAUUUUGGAUUAAGAGCAAUUAUUAACCAACCCAAAAGAAGAUUUGAGUUUUGUGGAGCUUUGAUUUUAAUCAAUUAUUUGGAUAUCUGGAAGAGUACACAUGUCCUUCAAAGUGUGCAAGUUCAAUUUGUCAGGUACAUGCAGUGUUGAAGGUAUUUAGAGGUUAAACAGGCUGAGGUUUCAUUAUAUGACUUUAAUUUUUGGUGAAAAAAAAUGAUGGAAAAGUCAUAGAAUAAAACACAACAUACACAUAACAACCUCUUAUUUAUUAGAAGUGUUUAAAAUCCCUUUUCAGUAUCAUAAUAAUCUUGUAUCACCAGAUUUGUGAUGAUUCCCACCCUCAUCAUUUAUAGAACUUCAAAAUAAAUUAAAGCCACUUAUUCAGUCUUCACCUUUAAACAUGAGCUCAGCAUGUGGCCUAGAUGAUAACCUGUCUGAUAAUGCAACCGUGGAACUUUUGGGAUGUAAUAAAUGUGGACUGUUUUUGUCGUUUUGGUUGUGAAUAAUCAUCUUUGCUGAAAAACAAACCAGCUUCGUCACAUGGGAACAGAGAUGUUCAAUGUGCUCGAGAUCUUCACCGAAAGCUCUCCGCAUGUGCGCCAAAGAUUUCAUUCCUGCUUUUGUCUUUUCUUGACAGCAAAUAGCUUUUAAAAACCUGGUUCAGAGGAACAGACAGACAGAGCAGCAGGCAAACAGACCUCCACCCCCCAACUCUAUCAUCCACCUCCCCUUCAUCAUCGUCAACACCAGCAAGAAGACAGUCAUCGACUGCAGCAUCUCUAAUGACAAGUAAGUAGCUGUGCUUUCCUCUUUGAUAUGACAGGUUGUAAGUUUAUGUCUCAUGCUGAUCUUUGAAGAAGUGUCAUACGGCGCUGAUGGGGACUUUUGAAACAACCUGUAUUGUUGUACUGCUUUCCUUUAGGGAAGGUUAGAAGUCAUUAUGAAUUUCUUAACAUCAGUAACCAAGGACACAUGAUGAGAAAUUAAUGAUAGGCCUGUCAUAAAAGUCAUAAUAGAGUUUUAUUUAGUGGCUAGUGAUGCCAAAUAAAUGUGUCAUUUACUGUCGGAUAGUUGUUGUGGUUAGGGUUGGGCAUCAGGAUAAGCCUGAAACACAUCAAAACUCAUUUGCGCUGGAAUAUGACUAAGCAGUUCAACAUGUAGCUGUUGACCUUUUCAAACAUUUGUUGUGACUUUGUUUGUGAUCUGCUCAUAGUAGAGACUCUACUGUAGGUUGAAGAUUGAACUCGAUCAUCUAGUGCACUGUGAUGUAUAACACUUUGACCAGAUCGAAGCAAUGCAUUAAACAGUCUUUAAACACAUGCACACUGACUGCACCACCCUCCUGCUCUUUGGUUGAACAUUAAUUAUCUCAGGAGGGAAUGUAAAGAAUGCGUUGUGGAGUAAAAAGAGUGAAGAUCACGACCAGCAGACCCCCAUACUUUCAUCUCAAACGUGUGUGAUGUGCAGAGCCACAAAAACAAACACGAUGUCAGGAAAUAUUUACAAAAAGUUCAGAAUAAUGUGAAGAUCUGCUCGAUCUCGAGGUGAAUCUGAAUUGUGUCAAAAGUUUGACGAGUUAUUCUUCAGCCCGUGCUAAAUUAUCCACUGAGUUUGAUCAGGAAUCAGGCAAGCGUUGGGCCCAUAAAUCUGCAGCCAAACAAACACCUUCAUAAAUGUAACCCUUUUAGGAAGCAGCAGUAUGGCUCUCAUGUAUUAAUCAAUAGUAGAAAGUCUACAAGUCUGCCGUUGAAACGUUCACGCGACACUAGCAGUCAGCCACUGUACUGGAUAGAUGAGGGACCCUUUUGUUUAAUCCCUGUCUUCUCAGUUUGCAUAUUGAUGAUAAUAAUGUACCUGUUCUCCCUCCUCUUCUUGUCUUGCAGGUUCGAGUAUUUGUUCAAUUUCGACAGCAUGUUCGAGAUCCACGACGACAUAGAGGUUCUGAAGCGGAUGGGCAUGGCGUGCGGACUGGAGUUUGGAAAGUGUUCUCCAGAGGAUCUAAAGGUUGCAUGUAGCCUGGUGCCUAAAGCUCUGGAGCCCUACGUUAAAGGUCAGUGUCUCUUUCACCACAAGCUCAUUCAACAAAUUGCACCCGAGUCACCUGCUUUUCAAAUUUUAAAUCUCUCUCAUGGGCCCUCGCUUCUUUUCCUGCUCUUAAAACUGUGUCUGAUUGACUUUAGAUCACCACAGAAAGAAGUGUUUCUGGAGGGGGGGCUGUUAAAUUGGUGCACAGAUUAACAUUUGCUAACUUGGUAUAUUAGGCCUUAUUUGAGGCAUUCCUGAUAGUCAAUUGAUACUGAUAUUGGAAAAAAACGGUGUUUGCCUGCCAACUCUGCAGUGGUUUUAUAAGCUGGUGAGACUUUGCCUCUACUUGCAGUGGAUAAACAUCUGUUGUAAUCCGUUGCUGAUACUCAAAGAUCCCUUCUGUUUACCCUCUUCUAAAAUACAGUGAACACAAAUAAAGGCCAAACCAUAGUUUAAUAAGCAAAUAAAACAACACAUCAGAUGCCAAGUUUGGCAGGGGGAAACAUUCACACCUGUGGGGACAGAAUUUGCUUGCUGCCAGUUUUGUCUUCAACUCAGCAUAAAAGUGUUGAGGAGUCAUAUUUCUGCAUGUUGUGCUCUUCUCUCUUCCAGAAAUGGCAAAGGGUCCCAUCAGUAACGUCUACAUCACAGGAGGGUCCUCUGCCAACGGAGCCCGUUACCCUGGAAGCAGGUUGGAGGUCUUCUCAGUGAUGUAGCCUGUAAAUGUGACACACAAACAGAGGGUUUCUUUGAAAAUGUUUUUCUUCUUCUUCUGUCCUCAGUGACGGCUGCACUGACGGCACCAUGGCCUCCAGCUCAAAUGACUCUCACUACAGCGGCUCUCGUGUGGAGACUCCAGUGUCUUAUAUGGGUGAUGAUGAUGACGAGGAUGAGUAUGACGAGAACGACGAUGAGGACUAAACCGUCUACGGCGCGCCACUCCAACAAGCACAGUCCACCACCUUCACCGUGGGAAUUUAUAUCCCCGUUUUUUGUGUGUGCUUCUCAAACCUUUCCCCCUGUUUUACCCAUGCCUGUAUUUCUGUCUGGCUUUCUCAGGGGUGUAGAUGAUUAUUGAAAGAACAGAGGUGUGAAGAGCACCCAUCUUUUUUCUGCUCCUGAAUCACGUGCACCUGCACCUCCACAGCUCUGGGGGAGGCGUCGUCCAAGGGAACUGUAGUCUGUGACCCGGCCACCAUGCUGAAGUCUUUGUAUGUCUAAUCUACUUCUCAAAUAAGCCAUCCCACUUAUGAAAAAAAAAACCCGAACCUCUGUAAAACCUACUGCUGUUGGAGAAUGUAUAAUGUGCUUGUUUGAAUAGUUAGUCCUAUUAUUUUGCGACAACAUAAGGCGGACGUGGUGAUGAUGAUCAAAAGUUCCAUAACGGCCAAAGUGUCUGCUUUAACACGCCGUGUUAGUGCAACACCGUGGUUUCUGGACGGCUUGACACAGUUGCCAUGGCAACACAGGAUGGGGCUCCAUCGGGUGUGUUGAUACAUUUUUUUUUUUUUUUGUUUUGUGUUCUGGGCAAUAAUUUGUAUAGGUUCCUAUCCCCCAUUAUGUUGGGCUGGCUUCCUCCUGUUCUGUAGGCAGCUGCUUUUUCCUCAUCUCUUUUGCUAGUUUUGUUUUCGUUUGUUUUUUUUGUAUUCUGGAUUUAAAAGGACUUCUCCAUCACCGCCCUGAUAACGCCUUGGUAGUGUUUACAAAUAAAUGGCACCAGCAAGGUAAAGACUUUUAUAACCCAGGCUCCUUAUAGGUAAAUAAGCUUUGUUUGUGAAUUACGUAUAUGAAUCCUACGACGAUUGUAGCUUAUAGUAUCCUUUUAGAGGCCAGUGGUAAAAUAGACCUUUAAAUGAUCCAUGUAAAAAGAAGUGUGUGGUUGCAUAGGUCUUUAUGUACUCCCUUCAAAAAUCUCCCUUUUAAAACUCAGCAACUCAUGUACUGACUCUUCCAAAUACCUUUUCUGUAAUCUAAUAUAAGUUUGCAAAAUAAAUAUAGAUUGUUUUAAUAA